GUCACAUUGUUUAACAAUGUAAUUCAUACAAGCUUGAUUCACGUCUUUUCUAGUUACCCAGCAACAUAUUCUGUUUGUUUAUCUGCAAUCGCGUCUUCUUCCGUCAAUCUCGAGGUCACGUCAAUUUUCAGAGCAACCAAUCUUUCCUCCAUGCUCGCCCUUGGGUUUCUUUACACGAACAUCUCAUACUUGUCGAGAUUCGCGUCCACAAAUCCCUAAAACCCUUUCAAAUCUCAUUCUGGUAGUCAAAGCCGUUUACAUGCCGCAUCUUCUCGCCUCGUCCGGUCUCAGCUCUAUAAAUCGAUUCUGAUCCAAGGCGCCCGUGCUUUCGACGCGGAUUCAUAUCUAUUGUCAUGUACACGCCUCAUGAUGACGCUGAAGCCGGCCAUGCAUCACCUAACGAUGAAGGAGACCAAUCCGCAAUAUACCUUCCAGUCAUUGAAACCGUUCGACCAGGACAGAAUGCAUUCGCAAUUGAGAAGCGGCACGCCGAUGAGCAUAGGAUGCGCGGUAACGCAUUCUUUCAAGAACGUAUGUCAGCGUCUCGAGAACAGUUAGAUGACAUGUGUAAUGACACGUCCACGAACGACCCCCCUUCGCACCAACACCGCCGAGACACCAGCGAAACUACCUUCAGCCAACUUAUCAAUGCUGCUAAAGCUGAAGUCGAAGCUUUGCCGCCUGUGAAAGCCUCAAUGGAAGGAAGUCCAGAGCGCACUACGACUAAAGAACGAAGACGCCCAAAGCCGUUGGAGCUCGAAGUCAACAAGUAUGGCGUCAAUCCCACGGUGCGAGCCUCAAUUGAAGCGAAGAAUGAAAAGAAGUUGUUCCAGAUGAUGGGAGAGCCUACAACCCCGACGUUACUGCAGAACAAUGAUCGAUAUCUUGUGACUAUUGCCAGGCAUGAUCGUACUAGAGAGAAGCCAACAGUGAAGAAAGACAAGAGCAGGGAUAAACCGAAAGAUGGUGAGCGUAGCCCAACAGGCAAGAAGCGGUUCUUGGGCAUGAAUAUCAGUGUUCCAAACUUCCGUACUGAAAGAGGUCCGUCCAGUCCGCAACCGGACAUGCCCCAGAUACCUCAAAUGCCUCCCAAGCACAUGCCACAUAUGCCCCCAAAGGCAGCCGCGCUUCUGGGAAAUUCCUGCUCGCCGGGAAAGCGAUCGACUUUGCCCCAGCAUCUCAAGAGCACCAGAUCGCAGUCCAACGUAUCGAUCCCAAUUCGUCCCACACACAUCUCGGACCCUUUCCGUGAUUCGUUGAAUGGCCAGGAUUCUCAACGAUCACGCACUAGAUUAGAUGUCAGCGAAGGCAUCCCACCAACUAUAGGUAAACAGAACCCGCAUGUCCAUGGAUGGAUCACUACCCCUGACAUGCCCAUAGCUCGCGGACUCAAAUACAUCAAUGAGACACUACCGCCAACUCCUCCAGCGAAGGACACACCGAUGCUAAAGAAGCCACAACCAGCCGCAGUAGAAAACUGCCCUCCAAACGCAUCAGUCCAAGAAGAACUCAAUGGAGGUGAUGAAGUAGGCCAAGAGCCCAAACAUGACCCAAACGACCGGGAGUCUGUCUUGGUGGGCAAAGGGCAGGUGAGCUCGGGUCAGCCCCAGUUCAAUAUCUAUUCGAGUAGUGACUACAAUGCUAUGAUGGCCAAGAUGUCGCAAAUCUACUCUGCGCCGACCUACAGCGGCUUCGGACAGCUAUCCACUGAUAAAACAUCACCGGAACCAGUCUUCUUGCAAGGACGAUGGAGCGAAGGACAGGCAGGCGCGCACCAGCAAAAGUUCUUAGAGUACCAUCAUACGGAAGUCGGUGGAGAAUCAUCAUCUCCGAAGUUGCCGCCAACGUUCUAUACACCUUCACUUUAUUCCUUGGCCUUUCCUACCCCGAAAGUUCGCCCGUCUCAAAAUGCUGACAGUAAGAUCUUCUUCGUCAAGCCGCCGACAGGUUCUACCUCUCUUGCACCACCGCCCGAUCUUUCCUUGACCACCAAACCUAGCGGAGAAACUAUCGACGUCUGCUUCCAAGGGUAUAGAAACGAAGUUACUCCUGUAGACGACCAGUCGAGCUUUUGGGAAAAGGCAAUCUCUGGACUACAUAUUUCCGAUACCCCAAAGGACAAUUCCAAAAGCGACCUACCAGCCACUGGCGGCCCUUCACAACACACUACUUCCAGUGGUGUUGGAAGUAUUCUUAAGAUGCGCGAAGAGGACAAGGUAGACAAGAACGCCUCCAAGGGCAUCCACCACACACCGCAGCAGAAUGGUGGCAAAGCUCUCAAUUCAUCUGAGUCCGGCUUGACACCAUUCCUCAGUCAACACCAGAUCGAUAGUCCAAUGAUGAGGCGCUAUAAUGCCGAAGGGGUGCCACACACAAGCAGUGCUGCACCUUCGCCUUUGCAGACCCACCCUGCCUCGGCCCACCCUACGUUCCUCAGCCCAAUUACCAACGGGAUGCUUGCCGAUGGUAGCAAUAUUGUUACUCACUUCGGAGUGACCAACCAUCACAUGGACGCAAUCGCCGAUACGACGUAUCGUGUCAUGGAUGCUCACAAGAACGAAGAGAUUCAGACAAUGAACGAGAAUCAUGAAGCAACAAUGCAAGCGUUAAAUAAGCAGUUUGGAACACUCCUCGGGCAAGUUAAGUCGUUGGAGAACUCCAAUGGUCGGCUCGUUGGAGAUGUUGCGAAUGCAACUGUGACAAUUAGUAAACUCAUGGACACGGUGCAGAAGGAUCUCAUUCGCCCACUUAAUCAGGUUCUGAAGUCGAAUGCGAGUCUUGAGUCGGAUGUCUCCAGGCUGAACAAGUCUUUCUCAGACGUGGAGUCUAAAGUUGAUAAGAGUCUCAAAUUGCAGCAGCAGUUGAUGCAACAAAUGCAGCUACAGCAGCAAUUGCCGCAUAAUGAUCAGCACCAGCAGCAUCAACAGCACCAACAGCACGAUACGCUCACGCCCAAUUCAGCAGCCCCAAAUGGCGAGAGCAGUAUACAUGCAUCCUCCCAUUACUCAGCAUAUGGAGCAUCGAACGGCAACGCAUCGGGUAUGAACCAGUCAGCCAUGUCGUUCCCAGAAUGGGGUGGCUACCCAUUUAGCAUGCCUCUCGCAAACGUCCGCAACAUGAAGAACGAAGAUCCAGAGAAGUUCAAAAACUAUGCGGCGGAGACUGGCAGAAUGUACGGUGGCCAACCAGACAUGAGACAGCACCCUGGAUUGUACGUCUAUCCACAGUACGGAGGGGGCUACGGACAAUCAGGUGGCAAUAGCAUGAAGUAGGCAUGUCUUGCACGGUUUCAAUGGCGAUGGCAGAAUCAUUUAGGAAGGGUUGGCAUGCAGCGCUUGAGAGUCAAUUGGUUGGACAGCAACUCAUACGUGAUUCGGCUUAUAAGCAAAACUCGUCUGCAAACGGCGUUGGUACAGUUCAUUUACCUUUCUUCUCUUCAUGUACCUAUAAUACUUGCCUGUCCUUUUCGCUGGCUGAUUGUCACACCUAUCACGACGGGUCGCAUCCGCAUCUGCGAGAAUUGCGAAAAGGCAAUUUCAUGUCUUGCUUGGUGUCUUAGAAGCGAGCGUUGCAAUCUGUCGUUGGCAUGAGGUAUAUAUUAAACACUGAUAUUCCUCGUGCACGGAUCACUUCGGCUGUCUGAGUUCUAGCUACUGAUUAGGACCGUUUGUACACGCUCUCAAUCAUGUGCUGGGCCGUGUAG